ACACUUUUUCAUAUGCCUACUGGACAUUUGCAUGUCUUGUUUUGAGAAAUGUCUGUUCAAGUUCUUUGUUCAUUUUUUAAUUGGGUCAUCUCUUUUGUUGUUGUAGACAUUUGAAUCUCUUACAUAUCUUGGAUGUUAUAUGUAUAAUUUUAUAUAUUUUCUCCCCUUCCAGAGAUUUUUGCUUUUGUUGCCUGUGGUUUGGUCUUAUAUCUUUAAAAUCAUCACCAAGACCAAUACCAUCAAGGUUUUCCUCCAUGUUUCUUCUAGGAGUUUCAGAUUAUACAUUCAAAUCUUUAAUCUAAGUUGAUUUAUGUAGAUGGUGUAAGUUAGGGGUUCAAUUUUAUUCUUUUGCAUGUGGAUAUUCAGUUUUCCCCAAACUGCUUAUUGAAGAGACUGCCCUUUCUACAUUGUGUAUUCCUGGUCUCUUUGUUGAAGAUGACUUGUUUAUAUGCAAGCGUUUAUCUCUAGGUUCUCUAUCCUGCUCCAUCGAUCUACACGUUUACCUUUGUGCCAAUACAAUACUGUUUUAAUUACUAUAGCUUGAUCAUUUUAAAAAAAUCUGUUCUUUUCUAUCUUGCAGAGCAUCAGAAGACACCUAUACCAUUGACAGAGUACACACUAUUUAUUUAGAAUGCACACAAUAGGAAAAUAGAUAUACGUUAUGAGGUCUUUUUUGCACGCUGACUCCUCAGUACCAUCUUAGGAGUGGAGAUGCUGGGUCACCAAGUACAUGAAUGUACGAGUUUACAAAAUUUAUCCAUACUGGUUUUUCAAAGUUUCAGAGACCCUAAUAUUCAGUGCUGUCAAACUUUUUAAAUUUUCCAACUGAAUUGAUAUACACUGUCAAAACCACAUAUAACUUUGGGGAGAGAUGACAUUGUCAUUUAUCUGACCUUAGGUAAUAUAUAAUCCUUCUCAGCUAUGACUCAGCUUUCUGGAACAUACUUUGCACAUGGGGAUGGUGAAGAGCACCAAUGAGGGAAACAUAACAGGUUUUAUCCUGUUAGGGUUUUCUGAUUAUCCUCAGUUACAGACGGCUCUCUUUGUGGUCAUCUUGAUCUUAUAUUUACUAACCAUUUUGGGGAACACCACCAUCAUUCUGAUAUCUCAUCUGGAACCCAAACUUCAGACACCAAUGUAUUUUUUCCUUUCUCAUCUCUCUUUCCUGGACCUCUGCUUUACUAGCAGUGUUAUUCCUCAGCUCCUGGUAAACUUGCAGGAUCCCAUGAAAACCAUUACCUAUGGUGGCUGCAUGGUUCAGCUCUACGUCUCUCUUGCUCUUGGAUCUACUGAGUGUGUCCUUCUGGCUGUGAUGUCCUAUGAUCGCUAUGUGGCCAUCUGCCGUCCCCUCCACUAUGCUCUCCUGAUGCAUCCUCAUCUCUGCAUGGCCCUGACAUCUUUAGCGUGGCUUAGUGGGGUGGCCACCGCCCUGGUACAGUCCACUCUCACCCUGCAGCUACCUUUAUGUGGGCAUCACCAAGUGGAUCAUUUUAUCUGCGAAGUCCCUGUACUUAUCAAGUUGGCUUGUGUGGACACCACCUUCAAUGAGGCUGAGCUCUUUGUGGCUAGUAUCCUCUUCCUUGUUGUGCCUAUCUCCUUCAUCCUCGUCUCCUAUGGUUACAUUACCCAAGCAGUUUUGAAGAUCAAAUCAGCUAGUGGGAGAAAGAAAGUUUUGGGGACCUGUUCCUCCCAUGUGACAGUUGUCAUCAUGUUCUACGGAGCCAUCAUGUUCAUGUACCUGCAGUCAGCCAAAAGUACAUACAAAGAUCAGGGAAAAUUCGUCUCUCUCUUCUACACAGUGGUGACGCCCAUGCUUAAUCCUCUUAUUUAUACUCUGAGGAACAAAGAGGUCAAGGAAGCACUAAGAAAAGUUCUAGGGAAGAUUCUGGUAAUAAAGUUUACAUGAUUGUCAAAAAAUUGUUUAAAGCACUACUAUGAUAAAUACUGAAUUUUUGUGGCUAAAGAAAAUCACAUAAUGU